AGAAGAAACCUUUUCUAAGAUGUUUAGUGCGGAUCGUCUCUUCCUGGUGGUGUUCCUUCUAGCACCACUUUGCCUCUCUCUAGCGCCUGAGAGGCGUUUGGGUUGUUACUUCACAAACUGGUCACCGGACCGGCCGGGAGAGUAUUCCCUCCAAAUUCGUGACAUUCCGGUGGACCUUUGCACGCAUGUGACCUACAAUUUUGUGGCCGUCGAUUCGCAAACCUUUGAGAUCAAACCAACGAACCCAAACUUUGACAUAACGCAGGAAGGGUUUAAGAAGUUUAGCGAGUUGAAGGAAUCGAACCCCGACCUCAAACUAUCUGUGGCCGUUGGAGGGUGGGCGCACGGAGGCCAUGCGUUCCACAGCAUGGUGUCAUCGUUGGAUGCGAGAGAAACCUUUAUCACCAGCGUAAUACAAUUCCUCAAGCGGUACAGCUUCGAUGGCAUUGAGAUUGUUUGGUUGUGGCCAGGGAACCCCGAGCGUGGAGGCACUGCAAGUGAUAAGGACAAUUUCUAUCUGCUUGUCGAUGAGAUGAAGCGUACGUUCCAGAAGGCUGGCCAUGGAUCGUGGGAAGUGGCCAUACAGGUUACACUGGAUCCGUCCCUAAUCGCCCAGGGCUACCACCAGCGGCGCCUGUGUCAGGCAGCUGAUUUUGUGCAUGUUGUUGGAUACGAUCUUCGUGGUUCGUGGAGCGGUUUCACCGAUGUACACAGCGCGCUGGACAAUCGACCACACGACAAAGACAAAUUGAAAGAUUUCACCGUGAAAGGAGGUGUACGGCAUUGGAUGAACAACGGUUGUUCGGCAAGCAAGAUCGUCUUGGGAGUGCCACUAUUUGGCAGAACGUACACUCUGUCCGAUCGUGGUUCUCACGGUCUGGCUGCUCGAUCAAGUGGUCCCGGGAGUUCGGGACCUUACACGCGUGAAUCCGGAUACAGGGGUUACUUUGAAAUUUGCCAGGAACAGAAACAAGCAAAUUGGACGAUCGAGUGGGACCCGAAGGGUAUGUGUCCGUACGCGUAUCUUGGCGAUCAGUGGGUUGGAUACGAGAACGGCAGCUCGUUGGAUGCAAAGGUCGCUUUUGUGGUGUCCGAACGGCUGGCAGGACUGUACGCCUUUUCGUUGGACUUGGAUGAUUACCGAGGAAAAUGUGGCGCCACUUAUCCGCUGAUGAAGAAGCUUUUCCAAGCGUACAAACCGACGAGAACUCCACUGCCUUCAGAUGGUGACGUUGGGUAUCCAAUUGUGCGUGCUCGUCGUCAUGUCAAGUGA